AGCGCAGCGCCAGCAGGCAAAAAGCAGAUGAAAAAGACUGAAAAAAAAAAAAAAACAAUAACAGCCAGAAAGCUUAAAAAAGGAAAAAGAAAAUAGGACGAGGGCCCCACAAGUGGUUAAUAGGGGGGCGGGCUUGGCGGGCUUGGCGGCGACAAGGUGGUGGAUGCGACAGCGGGAGCGCAGGUGAGAAAUAAGAUUUGAGAUGGUGGACCUUGGCGGGCUUGGCAUGCUUCCCUUGGACCACUCCGACGGGCUGGGCCGGACAGGGGUGGGGUAGCACUAAGCCCGGAGAGGCAAGGCGUUGUUAUCUGCCGUAACUUACCGCUGUUUCCCUCUCGUUUUCGUACUUUUUGUCUUUUUGUUUUCCUGUACUGGCGGGCGGCGGCCGAGAUGAAUACAUGUUUAAGGCGAGAGAUGGCGGUCGAAGAGAUGGAGAGGCAGAGAGGAGGUGAAGAGAGACGAGUACAGCGACAGAGGCUGGGGCGGGCGAUGGCAGACUAGUCUGCACGAGUCAGACGCCACGCAGGGAGGUACUUCAGGAGCAUGCGGCCCCGCGGAGACAGGACAGUGGUUGUGGACGCAGGGUGCGGGCCCCUUGAGCACGAUCGAACAAAGGACAGAGGAAGAAGAAAAACACGAAAAUCAGACCAAAAAGGGUAAUAAAAUAGCAUCUGCCUUGCCCAGCCAUCGAACGGGCAGCUCGGUAAACGUGGCGUCCUCGAGCCGCCAGCGGCCUUCUCGCUUGCAUUGCUAAUGGACGCCCCUUUUAGUGUAUAAAUAUAUUUCACUGUGACUUGUUAGGACUGGAGGGAUGGCUUCCGCAUCUCCCAGCACGGCGGCAGCAGCACCGCAAAGGUGGGUUCCCAGUGGGCGUGAGCAGCAUGCAAGGGUUUCCUCCGGCUGGGUCUCUCUCCCACCAGCCAGGCAAGAAGAGCCCAACUAACUACCCGACCUGCCACACACAGCAGUUGCAACAAGCUGCACCCAAACAGCGGACGCCAUCUGACCCGACCCAGCCUUGCCCACCUCCCCCCUCCCCCCCUCUUGUCCGUUCUUCUGGGUGGGAGCAGCGUAAGAGAGGUGCUGCUGUUGCUGCCUGUCGUCCCUCAUGCCAUGGACGCGGUGUCUGCGGCAGUCGCUUGGUUCCUCGGUUCCCUCGCAUGUCUCGCCCUGGGCCCCAACGAAGGAAGACGUAUAUAAAAAUAACUGUUAUGUUAUGCGCUGACCGACCGCGAGAGUCACAGGUUGCAUGGCUGUGUCACCCGCUCAAGGAUGUUUUCUUCAAUCAAAACACACAAUGACACCCACACACACAAAAAGAAAGAAAGAAACAGGGAGCGAGCCAGCGACGAAGGAGAGGGUGUCCCAUCGACUGGCUAACGGCAGAUCUCCCAGCGUCUUCAUGCCGACUC